AUGAGUGGAAUUCUUGAGAGUGAGAGUGACAAUGAUGAUUCAUUACAAUCAAGCACUGUCAGUUCCGUCAGUGACAGUCUCCGACAGCAGCAGCAGUUACACCAAGAGCAGCAGCAACAACAGUCUUCUAGUUCUGGUACACCUCGCAAUGCUACGACAGGCAAUUUAGUACAAAGCAGAUUGGAACAUUACAGUAGAAGGUUAUCCAUGCUUGGGUUAGAUAGUAGUCAAGAAGUAGUUGCUCCAGAUGCUAAUUCAAAGAUUGAACCUACAAAUGUAAUUGAAUCUGACGAUAGCUACGAACCUACGCAAGAUGUACCAAUAUCAGCUUCCUUACAGUUACAUCAACUCCCUCAAGUCACUAAUAGGGCAAUCGAAAAGAUUGAGAAACAGGCAAGUGGCACCACAAAGUCACAGGAGAAAGUACAGAUAAGGUUCCAACCCAUUGGAUCAAUAUCACAGAUAAAUCCAUCGGUAUGUAAGAUAACUGCUACUCAACCGUUCUCAUUAGUGGUACAAUUUUUAAAGAAGAGGAUCAAGGUGGAUGAAGUCUUUUGCUACAUUAAUAAUUCUUUUGCACCAAAUCCCCAAUUGAUUGUAGGUAAUCUGUGGUCACACUUUAAAGUUGGUGAUGAAUUAAUUGUAAGUUACUGCGGAACAACUGCAUUUGGGUAA